AUGCCACGGCCGGGGAAGAGCUCCUACAGCGACCAAAAGCCGCCGUACUCGUACAUCUCACUGACAGCCAUGGCCAUCCAGCACUCGGCUGAGAAGAUGCUACCUCUGAGCGACAUCUACAAGUUCAUCAUGGAGCGCUUCCCGUACUACCGCGAGCACACGCAGCGCUGGCAGAACAGCCUGCGCCACAACCUCUCCUUCAACGACUGCUUCAUCAAGAUCCCUCGGAGGCCGGACCAGCCGGGGAAGGGCAGCUUCUGGGCGCUGCAUCCCAGCUUGGCCGCGGCCGCCGCCGCUGCUGCUGCAGCUGGGGUCCCGGUAGGCCCGGAAUAUGGGGCGUUCGGGGUGCCAGUCAAGGCCCUGUGUCACUCGGCAAACCAGAGCCUGCCAGCUGUACCUGUGCCCAUCAAGCCCACGCCUGCGCUCCCACCCGUGACCACACUGCCGCCGGCUCUGGCAGUCCCCACGGCGUCACAACAGCUGCCUGCUCCCUCCGCCGUGUGCCCGGCCGCCGCCUCACCCACAGCCCCUCUCUUGGAGCCCACCGCAGCCAGCACUGCUGACAGCAAGGGAGGCUCCCUGCACUCGGUGUUGGUGCACUCCUAG